GCGGACGACGACGACGACGACGAAGAGCGAGCACAAGGAGAAGGAUUGCGAGGAAGAGAAGUGUUCCUGCAGGAGGAGGAGCUGCAGUGAACGAUGGCGACGAUGCUGCAAUUUCGGCACUCGGCGUGUCUCCAGCAGCGGAGCACGGUCGUCUCAUCGUUUGCUCCGGGUUCCUCCUUGCAGCUGGCACGGCAUAAGAAUUCGAGGCCGAAAUUUCGGCUCCUUCGGUUUCCAAGCAAUGCGGCAUGUGUCUCUCGCAAGAGGCAUCGUUGCUUGAGAAUUCGUAGUGCUGGCAAGUCGGACUCCGACACCAUUGCCUCGGAAAAUGCUUCUUCGGCAGCCACAGCCAAGGAAGCUGUCGAACUAGGCCUCGCGCAAUUCGCCAAAGGCAGGGUGAAGGAAGCAUUGGAUCACUUUAAUGCAGCUUUGAAAUUGAAUCCUGCUCCAGAGGAAGCUCAAGCUGCUCUAUACAACAAGGCUUGCUGUCAUGCCGUGAGAGGGGAGGGAACCCUGGCUGCACAAGCACUGCGCAAGGCACUUAAGGAGCAUGAUCUCAAGUUUAGUGUCAUUUUGAACGACCCUGAUAUGGCGGCGUUUCGAGCAAUGCCAGAAUUCAAAGAACUACAAGAUGAGGCAAGGAAAGGGGGAGAAGCAAUCGGUAAUAGCUUCAGAAGGGAUUUGAAGCUUAUUAGUGAAGUUCAAGCUCCUUUCAGAGGUGUACGGAAGUUCUUUUACGUGGCUUUUUCUCUGGCUGCGGGUAUUUCAACGCUCUUCACCUUGCCACGCCUCAUUUUGGCCAUCCAAGGCGGUGAUGGAGCUCCUGGUAUCCCGGAAACAGCUCAGAAUCUAGCAAUCAAUUUAGGAGGGAUCGCUGCUUUCGUGGCACUCUACAUUUGGGAUAAUAAAAAGGAAGAGGAGCAAAUAUCACGAAUAUCUAGAGAUGAAACCCUAUCAAGACUGGCAGUCCAGCUUCAAAGUAAUCGCAUUGUGGAGCUAACUCAGCUACGACAAAGCACCCGGCCGGUUAUUAUUGCUGGUUCGAAAGAGACUGUAGCAAAAGCAGUCCAAAAGGCUGCUAGGUAUAGAGACGAUCUCUUGAAGAGAGGUGUGCUAGUGGUUCCCAUAGUAUGGGGUGGUGACAAAGAAGAUCCUAUGCUCAAGAAGCGCGGUUUUGGAGCUGUGCAAAAGCCAACAACGUCCAAUGCUAUACCCGCUGGAGAUGACUUCGAAAAGAAGGCUGAGGAUGUUGCCGCCAAAGCAGUAAUUCAAGCAGAGAGAAGGUUCAAAGCCGAGGCCGUUUCUCCUGGGGAGUGGGAAAGAUGGAUUCGGGACCAACAAGCAUCGGAGGGCGUAACUCCUGGUGAGGAUGUGUACAUAGUACUACGACUUGAUGGACGUGUUCGAAAAUCUGGCCGGGGCAUGCCGGAGUGGAUAGAGCUGGUGAACGAGCUUGCGCCUCUGGAUUCCGUGGUGAGUAGGCUAGAAAAGUAGGGUCGUGCACAUAGUAGACCAGUCGACAUUGCUUCGAAAAGUUAGCAGUCCAGGCUUUCCUCACAAGUGUCAUCAUGCACGACGAGAAAAUUCUGAAAAGAGCGAGUCGGAUUUAUGUGAUGGUCCGAACGACAAAUUCGAAUUCAUGUUCUUACAAUGGGACUUCAGUUGGGACCAUUGCAAAAUUUGUAUCAAAGUUAAAGUCUAGGAACCUCUCCCAAAGUGCAUGGCCGCCAAUUUUC